CGCCCCUCCCGGAUGUCCGGCGUGGCCCCGCCUCCCGGCCGCAGGCGUGAUGGCGCUGUGCGAGGCAGUGGCGUGCGGCAGCGCUCUGGUCUGGCCUCGGGUGUUGCUCUUCGGAGACUCGAUCACGCAGAAAAUGCGAUGUUCUGAAUCGUGGAUUUUCAGGUUACAAUACCAGAUGGGCGAAAAUCAUCCUCCCAAGACUAAUCAGGAAAGGGAACAGUUUGGACAACCCAGUAGCAGUUACAAUUUUCUUUGGUGCCAAUGACUGUGCGCUAAAAGUACGCAUAUCUCCAUGGAAAAGACUGGAAAGAAUAUGAUCAAGUGCCAGCAGUGGUUUUCUGGGUGAUAAGAUCACGAGUGCUUUUACUUUUGCAAACCACACAUACGUAUAAUUUAGGAAAGUGGCCUGCAGUGAGCCCUGUGUGAGCCCGUCUAGAAGGAAUCCUUUGCAGCGAUGACAGCUGUUGCUUAGUUUAUGGAGAACGUCCUUCCCGGCAGGCACCUUGCUCUAAGUGCCUUACACACUUGGCUGAUGUAAUUUCCACCGCAACCCUAUGAGGUAGACCCUACUGUCAUCCUCUUUUUACCAGCGAGGAAACGGAGGUACAGAAAGGUUGAUCAUUUGUCCAAGGGCACGUGGCUGGCCAGUGACAAAGCCGGCGCACUCCAUAGCCCAGGUCUUAAACGUCUUUACAAAUUCAGGCUAAUCCAGGGAUAACCACAUGACCAGAAAAGGAGGAAAGACCAGAGGCCUUACGAGGCCCCGAGCCAGAGCCUUUGGAGUCCGCUUUACAGAGGCCCGUGCACUUGAACUCUUCCGCCUUCUCUUUCUGCCUUUGGUGCUAAGCGGUUCCCCCGCGGCGUCACGAGUUACGCCCGUUUGUGAAUAUGCAUCGACCUCGUCACCGCCCACAGCAAACCUGCAUGUGGCUGAAACGUCCACGUUCCUCCCGAACAGACGAGAACCCCAAGCAGCACAUCCCCCUGGAGGAGUACGUCGCCAACCUGAGGAGCAUGGUGGGCUACCUGCGGUCGGUGGGCGUGCCCGAGGGCAGGCUGGUCCUCAUCACGCCGCCCCCGCUCUGCGAGGCCGCGUGGGAGCAGGAGUGCCUCAGGCAAGGUUGCAAGUUAAAUCGCCUGAACUUGGUUGUUGGUGAAUAUGCCAGGGCCUGUUUACAAGUAGCCCAGGACUGUGGGAUUGAUGCCCUUGACCUGUGGACCCUGAUGCAGAAGGACAGUCAGGACUUUUCUUCCUAUUUGUCAGAUGGACUACAUUUAUCACCAAAGGGAAAUGAGUUCUUGUUCUCCCAUCUUUGGCCUUUGAUAGAGAAGAAAGUCUCUUCCCUGCCUUUGCUGCUCCCUUACUGGCGAGACAUAGCAGAGGCAAAACCAGAACUGAGUCUCCUGGGAGACGGGGACCACUAGUCACAGAAGACCCAGUCCAGCUGUUAAUCUACAGAACGAGAAGUCGCCAGUGCACAAAGACCCCAAGACAAGUGGUCGGAGAUUUUUGUCUCAAGUUUAAACCUUUGCUCAUGACCCUGGAACAAAAAUCACUAACGUCUGCCACCAAGAUUAAUAAAAGCAUUAGUUUUCAGGACAGCUCCGUGCCUGUAGGCACAUGGUGUUUGGUAAUGUUUAUUGGUUGA